AUGGAACUCAACCGAGAACAUUUUCGCGCCAUAAUUUGUUACAACUUUCAGAGACUAUUGUCGCAACAAGAAUGCCUUACUGAGUUACUGUCUGUUUUCGGCAACGAAGCGCUACAUCAGUCGACAAUUUCCCAUUGGUAUGGAAAAUUCAAACGUGGACGGGUGAGUCUUAGCGCCGAUCCCAGGAUGGGUGCAUCAGAAACGGCAGUCACCCAGGAAAACGUCGAUGCUGUGCGCAAACUCAUCAUUGAAGAUGGACAUGUGAUAUAUCGCGAGAUUGAGGCGUCCUUGAAGAUCUCAAAGACCUCAAUUCAAAAAAUUUCACAUGAAGAAUUAAGAAAAGCAACCAGGGUUAAUUGGUGUCAAAAAACGUUUGACCGUUUCAAUUUCGGAAACUCAAAAAAUAUGCACAGCAUUGUUGGUGGUGAUGAAUCGUGGAUUUACUGCUGUAAUAAACCAGAAAAUAAGCGACAGUCGGCUGUUUGGGUGUUCCAAGGUGAAGAAAAGCCAACAAAAUCAAAAGCGGGUCAUAUUGCAGCAAUUCCUCUUAAUGAGCAAAGAACUGUUACUGCGGAUUGGUAUACUACCAUUUGUUUGGCAAAGGUCAUCACCGAGCUUCGAAAAAUCAACCCCGAAGGAAGAAUCAUCCUCCACCAAGACGAUGCAAGCUCGCACACAGCCCAAAAAACAAGGCUGUAUUUAACGGAAGAAAACGUGGAAUUAUUGGACCAUCCUCCUUAUAUUCCCGAUCUUAGUCCUAACGAUUUCUUUACUUUAUCGAAAAUUAAAAACAGACUGCAUGGUCAAAGGUUCCAGUCACCAGAAGAAGCAGUUGACGCAUUCAAAAAUGCCGGUUUGAAUCUGCCAGCAAACGAGUGGAAUAAGUGCUUCGAAAAUUGGUUCGAGCGCAUGCAGAUGUGUAUUAAUCUUCGUGGAGAAUACUUCGAAAAACGAUAA